GAAUGAAAGCCUGGUAGUACAUUGAAGUUUAAACUCUAACACUACCAAGCAAGCCAGGGACAGAAUGCAAGAAACUAGUGAGGAACCAAUAGAACAGCUUCGGGAUCUGGACAGCAGUCUGAUUGAGAAGUUUCUGCCUGACAAGAUUGGGCUGGAACCUGAUGCUAGCAUCUAUAUGAAUUUUAUGAAAGCACAUCAGUGCUAUGAUGUGAUCCCAACCAGUUCAAAGCUCGUCGUAUUUGAUACAACAUUGCAGGUGAAGAAAGCGUUCUUGGCGAUGGUCGCAAACGGGGUUAGAGCAGCUCCACUCUGGAACAGUAAGGAGCAGUGCUUCGUUGGUAUGCUAACAAUUACUGACUUCAUCAACAUCUUACACAGAUAUUACACCUCCCCAAUGGUGCAGAUUUAUGAACUGGAGAAACAUAGGAUUGAGACUUGGAGAGAGAUUUAUUUGCAAGAUUCCCUUAAGAAACUGGUCAGUAUCUCCCCAAAUGACAGCCUAUUUGACGCAGUUUACUCUCUGAUUCAGAAUAAAAUUCAUCGGCUGCCAGUCAUUGACCCUGUAUCUGGGAAUGUUCUCUAUAUCCUGACACACAAACGCAUCCUGAAGUACUUCUAUUUCUUUGCCUCAAAGCUGCCCAAGCCAAGCUUUAUGAAGAAGACAUUACAAGAGCUUGCAAUUGGGACUUACGAGGAUGUAGCUGUGAUUGAGGAGACAUCAUCAGUUUAUGAAGCACUUGGGAUCUUUGUGGCACGAAGAGUGUCUGCUCUUCCGGUGGUGAACAAGCUGAGUAAAGUUGUGAAUCUCUACUCACGAUUUGAUGCGAUAAAUCUUGCUGCACAGAAGGCUUACAAUAACCUGGAUGUCAGUGUGAAAGAGUCACUACAGCAGCGAUGGCAUUGCUUUGAAAAUGUCCUCAAAUGUUACGGGCACGAGACACUGGAAGUCAUUAUUGAGCGUCUUGUCAAACAUGAGGUUCAUCGAUUGGUAUUGGUAAAUGAAGAAGAUGUUGUGCAAGGGAUUGUCUCACUGUCUGAUAUGCUCCAAGCACUGGUCUUGUCUCCAGCAGGUAUAAAUGCUCUUGACUCCUGAGCACUCACAAGUCUCCUCUUCUGUCUUAUUCUAGACUGAUUCAGGUGCUAAUGCCAGUUCCUUUACCAUGUCUGAAGGUCAAAGGAUUGCUACAUAGGGAAAGAGCUGAUCACAAGUUUAUGAGAUAUAAGUGGAUCUCAGAGAAGAAGGGUAUGAAUGGAUGGAGUGACCAGAAGGUGCUUCUUUUGGUUGCCAGUCUUACUUGCCAACUCCGUUUUCAAAUUCUCAAUGGGACGGACGUUCUGCAGAAACAUCAGUGGAUUUAAUUCCUUAUUUACAGCUUACUGAUUAAUGCUUGAUUCCAAUUUGUGCUAUUUUAGUAACUCGGGCUUUAAUAACUUUAUUUGAAGGAAAUUAAGGUGAAAUAAUUGUG